UCGCGUCCAUCUAAAGCCGAGUAUAUAUACUCCACUCACAUACCUGACACCACAGUCUUGGCUGGCCGCUGUCUCUUCCUUCAAAUCUCUGCGCCGCUCACUUUCCGAACCUCGCCAAAAUUUAAUCAGAUUCAAUGGCUCUACCAAAUCAACAGACUGUCGAUUAUCCCAGUUUUAAGCUCGUUAUUGUUGGUGAUGGAGGAACGGGCAAAACUACUUUUGUGAAGAGGCAUCUCACUGGUGAAUUUGAGAAGAAAUAUGAGCCAACUAUUGGUGUGGAAGUUCACCCAUUGGACUUCUUCACCAAUUGUGGAAAAAUCCGUUUCUAUUGCUGGGAUACUGCUGGGCAAGAGAAAUUUGGUGGUCUUCGAGAUGGUUACUACAUUCACGGUCAAUGUGCAAUCAUAAUGUUUGAUGUCACAGCUCGGUUGACCUACAAGAAUGUUCCAACCUGGCACCGAGAUCUCUGCAGGGUCUGCGAAAAUAUACCUAUUGUUCUUUGUGGAAACAAGGUUGAUGUGAAGAAUAGGCAGGUUAAGGCAAAGCAAGUUACAUUUCACAGGAAGAAAAAUUUGCAGUACUAUGAGAUUUCUGCAAAAAGCAACUAUAAUUUUGAGAAGCCUUUCUUGUACCUUGCCCGGAAGCUUGCUGGGGAUACCAAUCUUCAUUUUGUGGAAUCACCUGCACUUGCUCCUCCAGAAGUUCACAUUGACUUGGCUGCACAGCAACAGCAUGAAGCUGAGCUUGCUGCAGCAGCUAGUCAACCCCUCCCAGACGAAGAUGAUGAUGCUUUUGAGUAGUGGAGUAGAUGGAUUGUCUUUGCAAAUUUUCAACUCUAUAUUGAUGGGUUUGAGUAUGAGGCAAGUUUCUUGUGUUGAGGACCAUAGAUGGUCCUUCAGUUGAGCUUGUUUGUGUGCGUGCUUAAGCUCUAAUAGAUCAGGUUAUUCGUAUGGUAUGUUAUUUUAAGUCGAUUACCACAUUGUAUGCAGCAGUAUUAAUGUGUUCUCCUUCUUUCAUGUAAUGUUUGUUUUUUUUUUUUCUUUGGGUGUGGGAAGAUGGUUGAAUGAGGGUGUGAAAUUCAUAGAUCUAAUGUCAUUGCUAGAGUUUUGACUCCAUUCAUUUUCUUUUAAGCAGGAUCUCCUUGCACAAG